CUCCCCCUCCUCCUACUCCUCCCCCUCCUCCUUCUCCCCCUCCUCCUCCUCCUUCUCCUCCUCUGGUGCGGAUGGUGGCGGCCAGAGUCGGAGUCCCAGCGGCGCUGCCCACACAGCAUAUCUGAUUCAUAGACAAGACCACAGUCUGAUUCCAAACAUGUGUUCCACAAACCCAGGCAACUGGGUCACAUUUGAUGAUGAUUCUGCCUUUCAGUCUUCUCAAAAGUCAAAGAAUUUACCUCUGGAGAAUCAAAGCAUCUGUAGGCCCAAUGGACUUAAGCUGAACCUUUCUGGUGCUAAGGAAUUUCCCAGCGGACCUUCCUCUGCCAACAGUACCCCCCUCUCCUCUCCCAUCAUAGACUUUUACUUUAGUCCAGGACCUCCAAGUAAUUCUCCUCUUUCUACACCUACCAAGGACUUCCCCGGUUUUCCUGGCAUCCCCAAAGGAGGGACUCAUAUGCUUUAUCCUAUCCCAGAAUCAUCCUCAAACAGUCCAUUUACAGCAACAGGAGCAGGCUCUUCCGUAUUGUCCAAACCGACCUGUUUAUCCCAUGCUUCCUUACCCAGUGACCACUCAUGUACACAUCCAGCUCCCAAAGUGGGUCUUCCAGAUGAAGUUGGCCCUCCCCAGGCUGAAAGCCUAGGGUUCCAAAAUGAUGCCCCCCAGUUUCAGUGUUUUCGGGAGGACUGUGCUUUUUCAAGUCCAUUUUGGAAAGAUGAAGGCAGUGCUUCCCAGUUCGCCUUUGACCAUUCAGGAAGCAGAAAGGUGUACCCAUCAAGAGACAAAGAGAUGCCUCUCGAUCAAAAAAGCUUAAAUCAGGGUUCAUUUAACUACAUCUGUGAGAAACUUGAACAUCUCCAAUCAGCUGAGGACCAAGACUCAUAUGGAAAUUUGUCUAUGCAGUGUCUGUAUGCUGAAGACACCGCCUCUUCCUUUGUCCCCCACACACUUUUCAGGAGUCAGCCAAAACCUGGAUGGUCUUUCAUGUUGAGAAUUCCUGAGAAGAAGAACAUGAUGUCUUCCCGUCAGUGGGGACCAAUUUUUCUAAAAGUCUUACCUGGGGGAAUUUUGCAAAUGUAUUAUGAGAAGGGGUUAGAAAAACCAUUUAAGGAGUUACAGCUUGAUCCACAUUGCCGGCUUUCUGAACCCAAAGUUGAGAACUUUAGUGUAGCAGGAAAAAUCCAUACUGUGAAGAUUGAACACGUGUCUUACACAGAAAAAAGGAAAUACCACUCUAAGACAGAAGUAGUUCAUGAACCAGACAUCGACCAGAUGCUGAAGUUAGGGUCCACAGAGUACCACGAUUUCCUCGACUUCCUGACUACCGUGGAGGAGGAGCUAACAAAGCUGCCACCUGUUUCAAAACCAAAAAAGAACUACGAGGAACAAGAAAUUUCCCUGGAAAUUGUGGACAACUUUUGGGGGAAAAUCACUAAAAAAGAAGGAAAAUUGGUUGAAAGCGCUGUCAUAACUCAAAUCUGUUGCCUCUGCUUUGUGAAUGGGAACACAGAAUGCUUUUUGACCUUGAAUGACCUUGAGCUGCAAAAGCGAAAUGAACGCUAUUUUGAAAAAGACCCAGAAAAGAAGGGGAUUGAUAUUCUUGACCAUCAUUUUCAUAAGUGUGUGAAAGCACAAGAAUUUGAGCAAUCAAGAAUCAUUAAGUUUGUACCGCUGGAUGCCUGCCGGUUUGAGCUGAUGCGUUUUAAGACUUUGUAUAAUGGGGAAGAUCUUCCCUUUUCCCUCAAAUCCAUGGUGGUUGUCCAGGGGGCCUAUGUGGAGCUUCAGGCCUUUGUCAACAUGGCCUCAUUGGCUCAGAGACCAUCCUGUGCCAGUUCCUUGAGGUCCUGUGACAAUAUCAUGAUACACUUUCCUGUCCCGUCACAGUGGAUCAAGGCCCUCUGGACCAUGAACCUCCAGAGGCAGAAGUCCCUGAAGGCCAAAAUGAAUCGCCGGGCAUGUCUGGGGAAUUUACACGAACCCGAAUCUGAACCUGUUAUACAGGUCACUGUGGGGUCAGCAAAAUAUGAGAGUGCCUACCGGGCCAUCAUAUGGAAGAUAGACCGGCUUCCUGAUAAAAAUUCAAGUCCUGAUCAUCCCCAUUGCUUGUCAUACAAACUAGAACUUGGAUCAGACCAAGAAAUUCCCUCUGAUUGGUAUCCAUUUGCUACUGUUCAAUUUGGAAUUCUGGACACCUGUGCCUCGAGGACAGAGGUCAGGUCUCUGGGGGUGGAGAGUGAUGUCCAGCCACAGAAGCAUGUUCAUCAGCGAGCUUGCUACAACAUUCAGGUUGAAAUAGAAAAGAAGAGGAUUAAAAUCGAUGGAGAAGACGCAGACAGAGCUGGUGACUGCGUAACUCAGUAGGAGUAGCAAGAGGAAUGACGACCUACUUUUCAAAUAUGUCAUUCACAGAAACCACACGCAGAUCUGCUUCUGUGUACUGGGAGUGAUUUCAGAAUAGUGGGCCUGGGACAGGUCCAGUGGCCAUGUUUCGAGAAGUGAAGACCUGAAACCGAACAAUAUUUUAUGCUUUUGAUAAUGUUUGUGUUCUAGGGGUUUCAUCUAAAAUGUCUAUCAUUUGUAUGAUGUUUUUGCUUCCCAUUAAAACUCUAAGUUUUAAUGUGUUACCGGACAGCCAGCUUGGCGAGAGGGUUUUGGAUUUUUAAUUACUCAGUGGCUAAGUGUUUUGCACUCUGGGUCACCUGGGGGCCAUAUUUAUCAUCUUCUAGUCCCCAUCUCUUCUUGCUCUGUUAGCUCCUCUACUGGAGGGUGAGGCCGUCAAAGGAGACGUAGUGGAAAUACUCCAUCUUUCCUCUUGCUUGUCUCUGGAAUGUGGCUAGGUGUGGGGUGAUGCCAAAACCACAGGUUAAAGUGGUGAUGUGGAAGUACUGUGAUUUUGAGUAAUUUAUCUUCCUGUGCCCAUACUACAUUGGUGAGUAAUCAUCGACUGUAUUUGGUACCUGUCUUUCCCCCAUGGUGUUAGCAUUUUCAAAAUAUAUUUGUAUUCUGGUGUGUUGUUGCAAAGAAGUUAUUUCUGGGGAUAUACAUAUUUUAGUACAAGUCAGUAAGACAUAUUGCCUUUUGCUUGGAGAGAUUCCUUUCAGAAUGGAAUGGUAUUGGACACUAGUUAAAAUAUUUAUGUAUAUUAGAGAUGAAUUUUUAAAGUUCAUGAAUAUUGUCUCCCAAAAGUACAGACUCUAAGAAUGUAUUUUUGAUAAAAGUAUUAUUUGUAAUUAACACAAAGCCUCUCUUGAGUAGAAUUCUAAAUCACAUUAUGAUUAUUUUAUGCUGGUUCUGCUAUUCUGCUAUGUAUGCUAAUUCUGCUUACUUUAGAGUAUUUCUCUUUAAAAGGUAAAGAAAAUGAGACACUAGUUAUUUUACCUGGAUUUUUAAGUGGUGAUGUUUCUAUUCUUCAAAGUCAGGUAAAUGCUUGGGGUUUCUUUGUCUUUUUUUUGCUUCGGGUUUCUAAUAAAAAGCCAAUGGCAUUAGCAGUUAUAAUUCUGUUUAUAAUUUUCUUACAGUAUUUACAGUGAAAAGUAAGGCUUAGAUUUAUGAAUUUUAUAGUCUACAUAUUUUUUAGUCUGGAAAAACAAAGUAAUCCUUGGGGUAUUACUACACCUUCAAUUUGUAUUAAAUCUUAAAUAUGAUUAGGAGGCAUGUUUCUCUAUUUACCAGAUUUGUUUUGAGUCAAAGCUGAUGAUACAAUAAUGUUCUUCCAAACAGCAUUUAUUUGUUGGUGCACAGACUCGAUGUCACAUGUUUUAUUUAAUGUUGUAUUUACAUUCAUUUUAAUCUGUUCAGGAACAGAUUAAAACAAACACUUACGAUGGUCUGUAUCAAUCAGUGGAUUUUAUUGCUCUUCAUUAUUAUACCUUAAAGUCAAAAGAUGCAAAGGUUGGCUGUUAAAAUUUUCUUGUUCUUCUUAACUUCACUUGAUGCAUUGGUCGUAAUGUCACAUGUUUCAGACUCACUGUGGAUGCGUAGGAUCCUGAAUCUGUGUGUGUGUCAUU